GGGGUGGCGGCGCGGGUGAGCGCGGCCGGGCUCCGGCCGGGACUGCUGCAGGGAUGGCGCCGGCGGCCGUGAGGGAGUUACUCGCUGUGGGGAGGGCUCCGGGCGUCUCCGUAGGCUCCUGAGCGCCCCUCCGCGCUGCGCGCAGCCGUUAUCCCUCCCCGCGGGAGGGCCGGCGCCGUCCCAGCACUGCAGUCGCCAUAGAGACCGCGCCGCAUGCCAUGGGGCGGAGGCUGGGCCAAAGGCUGGGCCGGGGGGCGCCGAUCUAGCCGUGUGUCGUCCCUCCCUGCACCGCGCAGGCCAUCCCCCACGGUGUCCGGGGGCGCUGGGCUCCACAAGGACUCGCCGUGCCGCCCCAAGCAGCCGACGCCGACGCCUCGGCCCCGUUCCAGUCCCUGGUUAAAUGGAAGCCGCAUCUGGGAUCUGGAUGGUUUCUGCUAACAUAGACUUUGCAUAGCAGCUCCAUUGCCUCAGGAGGUUGCAAUGAGUGGAGGAGGGGAGCAGCCUGACAUCCUCAGUGUGGGAAUCUUGGUCAAAGAAAGAUGGAAGGUGUUGAGGAAAAUAGGAGGUGGAGGAUUUGGAGAAAUUUAUGAUGCACUGGACUUGCUUACUCGGGAAAAUGUUGCACUGAAGGUCGAAUCAGCUCAGCAGCCAAAGCAAGUGCUGAAAAUGGAAGUAGCUGUAUUGAAGAAAUUACAAGGAAAAGAUCAUAUCUGUAGAUUCAUUGGAUGUGGAAGGAACGACAGAUUUAACUAUGUGGUGAUGCAGUUGCAGGGUCGGAACUUGGCUGACCUGCGUCGGAGCCAAUCUCGAGGAACAUUCACCAUUAGCACCACUCUGCGGCUUGGGAAGCAGAUCUUGGAAUCUAUUGAAAGCAUUCAUUCUGUGGGGUUCCUGCACAGGGACAUAAAACCGUCUAACUUCGCAAUGGGACGUUUUCCUAGCACCUGUAGGAAGUGUUAUAUGCUGGAUUUUGGCUUGGCACGGCAGUUUACCAACUCGUGUGGGGAUGUCAGACCACCACGAGCUGUUGCUGGUUUUCGAGGAACGGUACGAUACGCAUCAAUCAAUGCUCAUCGAAACAGAGAAAUGGGUCGGCAUGAUGACCUUUGGUCCUUGUUCUACAUGUUGGUGGAAUUUGUGGUUGGGCAGCUGCCUUGGAGAAAAAUAAAAGAUAAGGAGCAAGUGGGCUCCAUCAAGGAGAGGUACGAGCACAGACUUAUGUUGAAACAUCUUCCUCAAGAAUUUAAUGUCUUUCUGGAACACAUUUCUAAUUUAGAUUACUUUACAAAGCCUGAUUACCAGCUUCUUAUGUCAGUGUUUGACAACAGCAUGAAAACAUUUGGGGUUAUAGAAAGCGACCCUUUUGACUGGGAGAAGAGCGGAACUGAUGGCUCUCUGACAACAACAACAACUUCAACCACACCCCAGUUACACACUCGUCUUACUCCAGCUGCAAUUGGCAUUGCCAAUGCCACUCCUAUCCCAGGAGAUUUGCUGCGUGAAAACACAGAUGAAGUGUUCCCUGAUGAACAGCUCAGUGACGGAGAGAAUGGUAUUCCAGUUGGAGUCUCACCAGAGAAACUACCUGGAUCCCCUGGGCACCAGCGUCCUCAGGAAAAAGAUGUUUGGGAAGAAAUGGAUGCAAAUAGGAACAAGAUAAAACAAGGGAUCUCUAAGGCUGCCACAGAGGAGGAAAACAGCCAUGGGCCAGUGAAUGGAAUGCUUAAUGCACCGAGCCUGGGUUCUCCAAUCCGUGUUCGCUCAGAGACCACACAGCUGGACAGAGAUGCUCCACUGGUGCGCAAGUUGCGUUCAAUUCACAGCUUUGAGCUGGAGAAACGUCUCAUGUUGGAGUCAAAGCCUGACACAGAUAAAUUUCUUGAGACCUGCUUGGAGAAGAUGCAGAAAGACUUGAAUGCUGUGGCAGAGACUCCUGUUGCUGCUGCUCCUCCUCAUUCUCAGAAAACAUCCAUUCCUGCCCGCAUGGACCACGUUUGGCACUAUGAUGAAGAAUAUCUUCCAGAUGCUUCAAAGCCUGUGUCAGCUAGUUCUCCAGAACAUGCUGAUGGUGUUAUUAGCAAUGGAUUUGUAGCUGUCAACUUAAGCUCCUGCAGGCAGGAGGUGGAUUCUAAGGAAUGGGUGAUAAUUGAUAAGGAGCGGGACUUGCAAGACUUCAGGACAAACGAGGUGUUGGGACACAAAAUGACUGGAAGUCCUUCAGAUGAAGAGCCAGAGGUACUACAAGUUCCAGAGGAGUCCACUCCAGAGGAGCAGCCCAGACAAGGUGGUUGGGCCGGAAACAAUAUCCAUGCCAAGAACCAAACCUCAGGGGCAGAGUUUAUGCUAGCAGUGGAGUGUCAUCCUGCUGUUUCCGAACAGCUUACAGAUAAAUUGGAGCUUCUGUCUGGAGCUGCUGGACAGCUUCUUGCAGCCACCCCUACAAGUCCUAUGGAAGCUCAAGCAGAAGGAGCACUCACUCCGCUCAACUCAUCUCAUUUGCUGCAUUUCUCCACUCCAAGAAUUUCAAGUCCCAUCCUCCGCACCAUGAGCCCUAUAGCCUAUCUAUCCAUCCACUCGGACCCUCUGAAAGAGGCUGGUUUACAAAGGAGUCAGUCAGCUGAGAGCCACUCCUCUUCCUCCCACCGCUCUGCUGGUCGUAGGCAGCUUCCUGUCAUUCCCUGUGGCAACAGGUUCCCCCCUGUCAUUCGCAUCUCAAAAGCACAACUUCAGCAGGUAACAAUACCCAGACCUUCAGUGGCAUCCACACAGUCUGCUUCAGAGAGCUUUCCUUAUGGCCACCAGCUAGAGAAAAGAGAGCAGGAUGUUCAUUCUAUGGAACACACUGUGGAACUUUCCUUGCCAAAGGAAAGUUUGCCAGGUUUGGUUGUGACAGAUGACACGUGUCCAGCUAGUGCCAGCAGACCAGAUUUGGUUCUUAAUAUCAGCCAAGAGGUGCUUGACAGGGAAGGAGUUGUCAAAGAAUGUGUCAAUGUCCUGAAUUGUGGCCCAAAAGACCUACCUGAACAAUAUAGUGAGAUACAGGAAGUGAAAGAACUUGAAAACAGUCCUGUAGAGGAGGCUGAGGAAGAGAGACUUCCAGUGGUUUCUGAAGAUGCCGUUGAAAUGUUAAGCAAAGAACAUAACUCUUCUUUGCCAGGAAACUCAAAAUCUGCAGAAGAAGAACCUCUAAUGAAUACUGAAGCUGCUGAAGAAUCAAAGCCAAGGCCUGUCUCUUUGGGACCAAAUCAAGAUGAGGCUUUGAAGUUGACAGCUCCUAAAACAUCAGAAUUUUCUCCCUCACGACUUACCAACUCUCAUGUUAAUAGGCAGGCAAGCAAAGUAGCACCACUUCAGGAAAAUGGUUUUCAUUCUAAUAAGGAAGAAGUCCAUAUCCAAGACUUGAAAUGCCACCAAGUGGCCCUUACUACUUUUUUGCACCAGGAGGACAAAAAAGAGAAAAGUACUCCCAAAAAUGGAGAGUUACUGCACUGCAUUUCAGAAAAUGAGAAUUCUCAUCGAUCCAGGAGGGACUUAGUUAGAUCUCCUUUUGCAUUCAGGCAGAGCCGAAUCCCAGUUUUAGCACAAGAGAUAGACUCAACAUCAGAGUCCUCUUCUCCUGUUUCAGCAAAGGAAAAGCUUCUUCUGAAAAAGGCCCAUCAGACAGACUUGGUCAGACUGCUUAUGGAAAAAAAACAGCUCAAGUCUUUCCUUGGUGACCUCUCAAGUGCCUCUGAUAAGUCAUUGGAAGAAAAAGUGGCUGCUGCUACAGUACCAUUUUCUGAGGAUGAUGUCUUGUCCUCAAUUUCUAGACUGACACUGGACUCUCAUUUCAGUAAACAGACAGAAGAUAGCUCGUUAUCUCCAAGCAGCCCUCAGACCAGAAAAAGCAAGAUUCCAAGGCCAGUAUCCUGGGCAACUACUGAUCAAGUCGCCAGUUCAAAUUCAGUUCAGUUCUUUCCACGGCCACCACCAGGAAAACCACCUGCUAGACCUGGGGUAGAAGCUAGGUUACGCAGAUACAGAGUCCUAGGGAGUAGCAGCUCGGACUCAGAUCUUAUCUCUCGCCUGGCUCAAAUCCUACAGAACGGAUCUCAGAGACCAAGGAGCUCUACCCAGUGUAAGAGUCCAGGAUCUCCACAUAGCCCAAAAACACCACCCAAAAGCCCUGUCAUCCCCCGACGCAGUCCUAGUGCCUCCCCUAGAAGCUCUUCUUUACCCCGUACUGCCAGUUCUUCUCCAUCCCGGGCUGCAAGAACCCAUCAUGAUCAGAGGAGUUCAUCUCCACAUCUUGGGAGGAGUAAAUCACCUCCUAGCCAUUCAGGCUCCUCAUCAUCUAGGAGAUCCUGCCAACAAGAGCACUGCUGCAACAAACCAAGCAAGAAUGGUCCAAAGGGAUCUGGCAGUUCCUUCCACCAUUCCCCAAACACUAAGAAUUCCACAGGAAAGAGCAAAUCAACCACUAAACUUAGCAGAUAGGAACUGGGCCUUGACAGGUAUAAAACCUCCUCCUAAAUCUGAUGCAUGUUAUGUCUGUGUACUGUGUGUUUAAAAAAAAUCAAAAAUUUAAUAUUAAUAAAAUGAUGUUGAGUCUGUGCUUUUUAAAGAAAGUAAGCAUCACAAACCAUUCAUGAGAAAGCAUCCUGUGUAAAUAGGCGGCCAGGCAUUGCCUAAGAGCAGGCAGCAAGCAGAUCUGUGAGAAGGGAAAUAGGGCCCAGGAUAAAAAUGACUAGGUAGUCAAAGAUGUGCAAUGUUUUUAGAGUAAAAAAUAUAUCUAAGAUGGGCAUUCUGAAAGGAUACUUAUUUCCAUGUUUUAGUUUAGCUAGCUAAAAGAUUUGGCCAAAUUAUUUAAGGGUUUACAUGCUCAAGGAAUAUGUAGGAAAACCUGAAGCAGUUAUUCACUAAAUGGUAUCACCACCUGGGAGAUAAGUACUGCUCAAGCAUGUCUUUUUAGGUUUUAAAAAGCACACACUGUAGAAGAUGAUAGCAUUUCUAAUUUGAAAGUCUUGAAGUUUUGAGCUGCACACAUCUCCGAGUCACUCAGUGCUCAUCUUGUCCUCUGUCUACCGUGGCACUGAUUUUUUUACCUAAGGAAGUGUCAUAUAGCUUGCCUGCUCUUGAGACUGGUGCCAUGUUAAAAGUUAAGAUGUUUUCGUACCCAUGUUCUUCAAAAAUAAUUCAGCACUAAUUAGGAUUUGAUAAGCUAAUUCUCAGUACACUUCUGCGGGAGUCAUUGUGGGGUUCUUUAAACCCCAUGCAGGAGAAUUUAGGAAAGCAUUCCUUCCUGGGCAAUGAGAGAAAGGAGAUGUCUGCUCUUCACUGAGUGUUGCAGAUGUACUAUAAAUUGCAAUGCAAGUUAGAAAAUAAGUUAUGAAACAGAAGUAUCUUUUCUCCCUUAACUGGCUUUUGUUUUUCCAUUAGUUUUGGACCACUUCAUCCACAGACCAUUACUGCACAGAGAUGAUUACUGACCAAGCUUUGCUUUUUUAGCCAUUUGUUUUAUAAGAAUGUGAAAGAUGAGACAAAGAUGAGAUUAUCUGCCUUGUGACCUUGGUAGGUUUUAAGUGAUGGAAGUAUACUUAACUUUCUUAUGACAUCUGUGUAAGAAUAUUAGUCAUCAAAACAAAACACACAGAAAGUGAUCUGUGAUUUUUUUUGUGUGUUGUGUUCUCCUUGUUCAUUGCCCAAAUGUGGUGAGCCUUUCUUGUGCUUUUUUUUUUUGUCAGCCAAGCUUUGUUGUCUGUCAGUAAAGUCCAUGGUGUCUAAUUCCUCCAACUUUGUUUGGGGGUUACUUAAUAAUCUCUUUUGCUUUACAGGAUCUAUGUAGGGAGUGUAAUGGUACAGCACCUUUUGCAAUAUUCAGAACAGAACAAUGGGUCAGAAUAGUUGCGCACAAAAACGCAAGCCUGGGAGAGACGCAGGCAGCUCUCCCUUAUUAAGUCUGUUGUGGGGAUGCUGGAUGCAGAGGAGACUUGUCAGUUACUGGUCUGCUUGCUGUAGUCGUAUGCCUCUCCACCCAGCAUCUGUGCUUUUUUCAUUUAGCCUCUGCCAAAUGAAUACCUUUGGAUUAAAAAGGGAAUAUUUUGUCUCCGAGCUAACACAUUCUAAUGCUGCAUUAAAGCUGCCCUGGAGCUGCACUGAAUUUCACUUGCUUUGUCAGAUGAUUUUGAUUAUUUUUAUCUUCUUUCUUAUUAUGACUAUGUAUAUUAUUUCCCAUGUGUAAUGUAGCACAGUGUGGAACCUCAAUUUCAUUCAGGUUUCAAGCACUACAGAUGAAUGCAAUAGGUAGGUUAUACCUGCUUUUUCUGAAGAAACUGUACCAUUGGAAAGUCCUAUUCCUUUGUAUUAUACUGUAUGAUAGGUGCUAUACCAAUAGUUGCAUGUCCUCAUGGUAAAUUAUAUAAUAUAAAUAUUUAUAUAUAUACAUAUAUAUAUAUAUAUGCUUAUAUAAACUCAUUCUUCCUCAUUUUUCAUCUGUAAUUUAUGGACCACAGUUCCCUUUCUGUUAGUUCCUGAAUACCUCUGGAAUUAUAUCUUCUAUUUCCCCCUGAAAAUUCAUGGAAUGCAAAAAGUCUAAUAACCUUUAUACCUUGGUACAAGAUUGAAGGACUUCUACUUUCUCAACCAGCCUCUUUUGUCUUGCAGCUUGUUUUUUUAAUUUAUGAUUUUGUGUGUGCAUUUGCAUAUGAAACAAGAACAGAGACUCAAAGGUAUUGUUAUUUUUAUUACAAAUAGGGCUUAUGGUUACUAAUUUUUAUUUCAUAAUGUGAGUUCUUAAUUGUUAUGUAUACUUGUCAUACAGGGACAGUCAAUGAAUACUAGAUGAAUGUGACAACAACAUCUUUCUCUUCUUGUUGUCCUUAUGUUUCCUUACUGUACAUUGUAAAAACAAUUUCGUCCCAUUGUGAUAUUUUUGCCCUAGGCACUGCUGGAAUUGUGUUAAGGUGGUAUGGCAGCCUCUGAUUAUUUCCUCCCCUUUCUCCCUUAUUUCUGAAAAACAUUUAUUGUGGUCUUGUAAUCUUAUUCCUAUGUUAACAUGGUCAGUUUUGAUAGGUACCACCUUUAUGCAUCCUUGCCUGAAAUGCUGAAGCUGAGGUGUUUAAUAUUUGCUCUCUGUUGUAGCAGGAUCCAGGAACAGGGUUGCUGUACAGGUGAGAAAGAAUAUAGCAUCUGAGGAUUUUUUAUGCUGUCUUCAGAGUUUAAACUUGGCCAUUGCUACACAUUGCUGUGUAAAAUAAAUCAUUGCUGUAGAAAUUUACUUGUACUUGAACUACUUGCCAAUGUAAAAAUAGUAAACUAUGCCAAAACAGAGGAAGAGAUACUGCUUGUGACUGAUGUUCAGAAAAAGGUAAAAGAACUGUGUAUCCCCAGCUGCUUUUUGCUGUGGAUUCAAACGGGGUCUAAUGAGAAAGUCCUGAAGAAAUGAAUAGAGGAGUGAUUGUGAAUAAGUUACCUUGAACUAACAGCUCUUCUGUUUUUUAUUGCUUGAUGCCCUCUCCCAAAAAGUUUACAGAAUUGCUUACUGUAGUCUAAUGUAGCAGUCAGUUAGUGUGGUUAGGUAAUAGUCAGCUGAUCAACUCAUACAUAAAUAUUAGCUUAAUAUUUCUAGAGGGCUUGUAUAAUCAUCAAAAACUCUGUAAGCUUCAUAUUUGAAUAUACAACUGACUGCAUAAAAAUGCCAAUGUACAUGUGUGUGGCCCUUGUGCAGGGUGUGAAUGAAUGGUUUAUGAGGAUUAUCCACAACAAAUUUUCAGGGACGGGGAAGACUUUUCUCCAUUGUACAAAACAGUUACAGUCCUUCUGCAUAGCACACAGCAGCCUACACAAAUAUAUCAGCUGGGAAACAGUAUAAUCCUAGGAGCUGUUGCUUUUUUCCCUUCGAGCCUCCGUUUCUUUGGAGAGCAGCACACUGGAGCCAUAACAUGUAGCAGAUGCAGAUGCUGCACAUGCAUCUUCUCUUUAUGGUGUUUCCUGUGUUGUGGCCAGCACUUUUUAGUGCUUUGCAUUUUGUAAAAAAAAUGAGGCAUAAAACCUUUAAACUCAAUUAGAAGUCAAAAUGACUGAACAUUUCACACAGACUUUUGUGCUACAGUGUUGCAUGGUGUAAUCAAUCUACAUUUCAACCUCAAAAAUCUGUAUUACUCUCAUUAUUGAUUACAAAUGCCAAUUACUGCUUAAGUAAAAACCCUGUUAAAAGUAAUAGAAGAUGUGAUACAGUAGAGCAGCACUGGCAGGCUAUAUGCUGUAUGAUGCUGGGCAUGUAUCUACUACUUCAGCAGGGUUGGCAAGCAUAGCAAAUUUCACUGCUCGAAGGCAGGAGCAAUAUGAGGUCUUAAGUGCUAGUUACACACAAUGAUUCAGAAGGCAAACCCCUGGGGAGUGACACAGGGCAUUUGUUAUAGCCACAUCCUGUUUUGGGAAGUCUGGACAUGUUCUUGCCUUGAAGUGUGCAUGAUUGAGAUCAAGCUUUCUCGCAUACCUCACUAAACAUCCUUAAUGUAAAGGGUAGGAUCUGGUCCUAUAUCUUUUAAAAUAGCUUGAAAUAUUUUUCAUCUGAAAUAGACUUGCAAGAGCUCUGUCAUUUACAAUUUGUAGUAUUAUGGUGUUAACUAUAAUUGGGAGAACACACAAUUUUGAUUUUAUAUAUAUAAAUACACAUUUGUAUAUAAGUGUAUAUAUACACUGACAAGAUUCUGUAUAUUAUAUAGAAACAUACAGAUACACAUACAUAUGUGUGUAUAUACAUAUAGAUAGGAACAGCCUCAGAUAUUGCAUCUUGUUUACUGGAAUUUGUUUGCCAGAGUGAGCUGAGGCCUGUUUUGCUUUGGUUUGCUCUGGUCUCUUCAUCUACUGUAAUUUCACUUUGCCCUAAUUCUGAUUCUGUGACUUUUCCAUAUUACAAGGCCUGAUCCUAUAGUCCUACUUGGGCAAAACAAGGGUCCCUUAAGUCCUUCUUACUGCAAAGUUAUGCAAUGUUUGACUAUAAUACAUAUAAAAAGUCUGUUUUUUCUCUUUGAUGAGAAUGUAGACAAAGCCAGGCUUAUUGUACAGACUCUUUUCCUGUAGACAGAAUUUUUCCAUAAUGGAUUGGACUUUUUUGUGGAACAUUUGGAGAGAUAAAAACAUUCUGGUAAGAGGAAAGUCAUUAUUCCAAUUUCUUAAAAGGCUCUUGUGGCAAACUAUGUUCUGUGCCUCCAAAUUUUAUAUAUUAAAAGAGAGAGGAAUCUUCUGAAAAGGAUUGAGAGAAUGAGAGCUCAAACUCAAAUUGGUUUCUCAUCGAUGUAUGAGAAAUAUAUUGAAUGUAAAAUAUAUUGAUUGUAAUUUUUUCAUGCAGGACUGAUCUUUUGAGGUGACAAGAGCCAUGUCUGACUUGUCAGUUCUAGAGAGCAAGAGACUGCUUAGGUGUUUUAGGUGAACACCCUGAUUCCCUUGUAGCAUGUUCUCUGUGUUUCCACUGCACAGAGAGGUCAGGGGACUGUCAGCUAUAUAAAUUAAAGCCCUGGGGCUUACCUGUGGUUUCUUUCAUCAGCUCGUAAAAGCUUUGGAUGCUUGUUCCUAUUUGUGAAUCUUGUGGAAUGGGGCAUAAUGUUUUUAUUCUACUACUUUUAGCUAAUCAUGUAGGCAGUAAACUGAAGGGGUUUGUUGGCUGUUUCACUUUUGGCUCCAAUGUCAUCGGUUGCAAUUACUGCAAUUUCCAGAAACCAGUAGUGAUGGUAAAUGGAAGCAGUGUUUAGUGUUUCAACUACAUGCAAUACAUGGGCAUAGGUCAUACAUUUCUUGGCUAAUACAUGCAAAUUGCAUAAACAUGCACCUCACACAAGAAUACCUCAACUGCCUGCUUGAAGCAAGUCUUCCUUUUGCCUACAUAUGACAUUUGUAAAAGAGAAAAUUAUAUAAAUGUCAGCCUGAAUUAUAUAAUAAUGGCCUGGAAUUAUCUUAAGAUACUGUCACAUGCCAAAAGAAAACCCAAAACUGUCCAUUUCCCUAUGGUUUUAAUCAUCAGGCUUUUAAAUAUUAACCUUUGAGGGGCUUGGCUGAUAUUAAAAAAAAAAGGAAAAGAAGUAUGAGAGUGUGUUGAAGUCCAACCCAUUCACUUGGCUGCUACUCUAACCAUAGUGUUUGAACAUGUAGACUGAUUUGGCUCUCCAUUUUUGUAACACAUUGUCUCUUAACAGUGACAAACCCAAAUGUUAGCAUAGAUCAUUUACAUAUUUUGCUUCUGUUUUUUCUGUACUUUGGAUCUUUGGGAAUUCUUGCUGUUCUUGUGCGGGUGAAACUUUUCAUUAGAAUCAGUGUAGAGUCUUCUUUUGUUGAGGUUCCCUGUGUAGAGACUGAAGGAAUACUCUCACUAAAUACCAUAUUUGCAUUCGAUGUAUUUUAACUUGGAAGUAGCUUAUUUUAUUUUAUUAUCACACAACAUGCCUUUUGAUCCCUGCUUUUCUGUAAAAAUGCUGCUGAGAGCCAGCUUUGGCCAAGAGUACAGAGUGGUUUCUUCUGAAACAACAGCCCAAGUGAGAUACUCAUAAGAGGUCUUCAUCAUGCACAACUAUCAGUGGGAAUUCAGCUGGAAUUAAAUAAUGUGAGUUACAGGUGUUUGUUCCUUUUGAGAUUGCUUUAUCUUUGAUCUCUUAGAGGACCUACAGUAACAGCAGACCAGCUUGCUUCAGAAGAUACAGUGUAAUUAGUUUGGCCUGACUGACUUCAAAUCCUUUUAAAUUCCUAUCUGCUGUGUGACAAGCAAGGUGAGAAAUGUUUGACAUGUCAGGUGGGAUUUUUUUUGGCUAGUUCAGAUCUUUUUCCUCUGACCAGUGAUCUGGAUUGGUUACCUGUUAGCCUUCUCUGCAUCCUCUUUACUUAGCUAGAAAGCAAGAUUUGAAAUUCUUUCCCAGCUUAUUUCUUUCCAUAGUCAGGCCAGAGAAGAGUUUCAGGGCUUGUGCUAACAGAUGCCAGUUUUCAGUGCUUUCCAAUGAAUAUCCAAACUAGUCAAUUAAGGAAAUCACCAGCAAUGCCUUCAGUACUGAUUUUUUUGAAGCUGCCAACCAUUGGCUGCUAAUCUGAAAUCUCUGGGCAAUACCAUAAAGUGUAAACAAGUCUGUGUAUUAAUUAAAAACACAACGUUGUCACCCCAUAAGAAAUUAAGUACUCAACAGUGUGCAGUGUGAUAAAAUUCAGUGGAAAUUAGUUCCAAUAUUGUUACCAUUGAGGAAGACAAAUGCAGAGUCCUUCAAAUUCUCAGUAAUUGCAGUUCUCUUCCCCUCCUUGGAAAUCUUCUAAGCCAUUCUUUUACUUUUAAGUUUGCUCAGGCACCCAAGAACAUAAAGAGUUAAUGCCCUUGUAAUGGUCAUUUGUACAUAAAGCUGUAAUUAUUUAUUUUCUCAUUUGUACCAUAUCAAGGCUUUGUACAAUGUUUUAAGUUUUGUUUUCAAAUUAUUUUGUAUUUUAUUUUUAUAAACUGGUUCUAAAUAAAAUAUUCAUUCAGCAUGCAAAA